CUGAUCAAACAUCAUCAGAACAACACAAUGAAAGAGUAGAUUGAUUUACCACGAGUUCUCCAAUCCCCACUCGCGGAACAAUCGCAAACCGAUUGCUUCAAAAUGAUAUUCCACUCGAUUUUUGACGGCCGAUUACACCAUCGAUUUUGACUAACAUCACAAGAGCUCAGAAACAAUCAUCAAUCAUCACCAGAUCGACGUCAAAACAAUCAUCUUUCAAACAAUUCAACGAUUUCCGCUCAGUCCAUGGAGAUACUACGGUUUUGCCUCGAAGUAUUUGAAUCAUCGACAGGUCACUAAAACAGCACAUUGUAGUAAGCAGCCCCAGAAAUAAUAGUCGUUUGGGUGAACUUCAAGAUCGAAAUCGAAUAACUGCAACGGGUAGCUAGCCAAAUCUGCGCGUAUCGAGUGAAGCAAAGCAAAACGACACMAAAAAAGAAUUCACAGCUCCCACAUUUUCCAUGCAAUAGCAUAGUUUCCGUGCUGAACGUCACGAAGCAUCCGAUCCAACACCGACCAUGCCGGAUCCAUCUACGUGCACACCGCUAUCAUCCUACCCCGUUACAACCCCCAAAACCAAGCACGACUUGCUCUGUGUUCGUGGGGCUUCGGUUUUGUCUUCUGACUCGGUGAUUGUCUUUUCGACUUCGUCCGAGCUUUUUCGGAAAGUCAUUAGCUACGACGACAAGGACAUUGUCAGGAAUGGGAAACCGGAAUCCAAAACAUCUCUUUAUUCCUACAAAGACGGCCCAGAAUAUCCGGGUAAGUCUUGGCAUUGGCUGUGGUCCGUCUAUUGAUGUUGUUAUAACUCCAUCCACCUGCUGUGUACAAGAUGGAACCACUUUAUCUCUCUCAGCUCUUUUGAUGCCCACAUCGCUCUCGAUUUGUUUGUUCCGUGGUUCUCGUAUCCGCGACGCCGAAACCAAACAGGCCCACUAUCCAGGUCGCUACUAGUGCUGGGAUACGCCGAUCGAUCGCUGAGCAUCAUUCGCAAGAUCAUCGACGCCGAGGAUGACCACGACGAGGAAACGGUCGUAUGCGACGGGUUGCAUUCCUGCACAGUUGCGGUGCAGCUCGCAGACGAGCCUAAGCGGUAUGAACGAUUGGAAAAGCGGCAUAAGGUCAACUCUAUGUCCUUUGCUAACUACAUGAAGAAACUCCGUGAGAAACGACUGGUGGCCAUACUGGCCAGAGACAAAUACGACCGGUUCGGGAUCCUGUCCCCCUUUGAGGGCCCACAAAAACAGAACGCGCAAACCGGCUUUGGGCCCAACGACUUCGCUGCAAGGGUGUACAUUGGCGAUGUCAAAGAGGUCAUGAACUGGUUAGUGGCAUCUUCCUCCGGCGGUAGCAACCGCAACAGUGAUUGGAAACCGACAACUCCUCCCUUGCCAAGCACUGGUUGGAAACCGACGACUCCGCCUUUGCCAUCUACCAGUGGGAACAAUCCUUGGGACGGCAACGGCGAUGGCGAUGGCAAUGGCAAUGAUGAUGACGACGACGACGACGGGCCAACCUUCCGACCGGACAAUGACGACGACGACGACGACGGGCCAACCUUUCGACCCGAUGACGACGAAAACAACGAUGCUGGUGGAUGGAGACCGACCACUCCUGCUGCACCACCCAAUGGCAACGGAGACAACGGCGGAAACGGUGGUAUGCCAUGGGAGACGACGGAAGAAAGCACCGAUGGUGGAGUAGGAUCCGGAGGUAUGCCCUGGGAAAACAACGAAGAAAGCGCACGUGGUGGAGGCAAUACCAUGCCGUGGGAAUCGGCUCUCAACGAGCAGACUAGCAGCUCGAUGCCUUGGGAGACCAACGAGGACAACGAUACAAGCGGCAACAACAAUGGGGUAGGGGCGUCUUCCUCUAUGCCCUGGGAUACGGAAGCAUCCUCGUCCGACCCUCCUAUGCCGUGGGCAACAGACACAUCCAAUAGCGAUGCAUUCUCUUCAAACAAACGAUCCUUUAGUGACAUGAACGCCGACAAUGGUGCCGAGGAGGAGGAAGAAACAGACGGCGCGAACAACAGCAAAUUUCACACGAACGAGGGUGCGGCCGCGGCGGAUGCAUUUUACUCGGGUCUCACCAGAGACCAGAAAACACGAGACAAAUCCAUUCUCUACCACAUGAAGUGUUUUAACAACUGGGUCAAGGCCACACAAAUCGCCGAGCUCGACCCUAGCACAGGGUCCUAUAAGCAGCCCCUCCGUGUUCUCGACCUGGCCUGCGGAAAGGGCGGGGAUCUGACCAAGUGGACCAUCCACAAGCGGGGAAUAAGAAACUACGUCGGCAUCGACGUCGCCAGAGGAUCGCUAAAGGAUGCCGCCGAGCGUGCCCGGGGGCUGCGGAAGAGAAACAAGCUGACCAAGGCCGUCUUUGCCUGCGCCGAUUUGGGCUCGGACGUGCCCGGGCGCAAGCGGACCCCCUCGUCCAGGGGGAUGCAAAAGCUCUUGACGUGGUCACUAGAAGACGAGGCACCCUUCGAGAACGGAGACCCGGACUUUCGCAUGGUUGCCGGUGGGGGAAUUGCUCCCUCGGACAGCUUUGACAUCGUCUCAAUUCAGUUUGCCAUUCACUACAUGAUGCAGACGGGGGCACGCGCUAGGCGGUUCUUUCACACCGUGAGCCAGCUGCUAGACAUCGGCGGAAACCUAGCCUUUACCACCAUCGAUGCAAGGGUUGUUGUCGACCACAUGAUGAACCUCGGCCUCAACUUUCACUUCGAGGACGGGAAAGAACCGGAGUUUUCCUCGGUGGUGGUUCAGACCGGGGGGGGAGCCUGCAGGCUCACCUUCGAACCGCACAUCGUGAAGAAAAUUCUUCAGUGCCGAGCUGAUGGGACCGGGGGGGAAGAAGACCUAUUCGGUCUGGAAUACACCUUCACGCUAGUGGAGGGAGACGACCACGCCGCAGGAAUGGGGGACGCCGUGAACCUGCCGGAAUGGCUGAUCCCGAUCCCGGUCCUGGUCUCCCUGGGGAAGGAAGCGGGACUCGAGCUCGAGUACGCCCAGAACUUCCACGAGUUCUACCAGGCCCGGAGCGAUCCGGGCACGCACCGGGCGGCACACGCGCUGCUGGGCAACAUGAAGGUGCCCAACCGGCACGGAACGAUAUCCGACGACGAAUGGAGCAUCAGCCGGAUGUACAUGGCCGUCCGAUUCCGAAAGGUGCGGGAAUCUUCCAUCGUCAUCGACGCCGACGGCGAAACCGUGAACGAGAACUACGAGGAAGAGGAGCCACGAGUUUCCCUUGGAGUGGAGGAAACCAACGGGGCGGCAGAGGAACCACAGCGAACCAUUGAAUUGGACCCAAUCAAGGCAAAAAAGAUGUAUCCGAUGGCGAUGAUGAAAGCAAAACGAAAGGCCGGGGAUCAAUGGAACUCGUUCUCGAGAGAAGAGAAGGAAGACCGAACCCAAAUCGAGCUCCUACAACUAGCUUCAAAGUAAUGUAUACGAGCAAUGAUCGAACCGACUGGAUUUAUGUUGUGAUUUGUGAUAUUAUCGCAUAUCUUCGGUCAAUUAUCGCAGCUGCGAUCGUAGCAACUGCAAUGUAAUCCUUGAUAAUACUUUAGAGCACGAAUUUAUCUUCACACGGUCAUGCCGGGGGCAAACCCGGCAUGACCUUUCCUCUGAUUAGAAUGUUCACAGAAACAUUCCGCACUUGGCGUGGGAGCUACCCAUUUCGACUCUGUGUUGUUAUGGCUCAAAGUUCCGUCCUCAGAGAGCCCCUCAGUACCCAAUCGCAACGUGCUCCUAUUUGCAGCCCUUGUGUCAACACAUGUUGCACAACAUUGCUCAACCAGUGACAAAAAUACGAAAACGUCAGACAAAUAGUCACUGCGACCUGAUUCUGUGGGAUGUGGGAUGAUACGAACAAAUAAUGGGGAGACACGAGGCAUCUGCGGCGAGGUCUUAUUGUACGGAACAAGGCCGUCGCAAUUUUACGCUGAUGCUAGACGCAUCACAGCCAAACAAUUGCUUUGCCCUGUGAUUCGACCAUGUUGACCAUGAGAAAUCUUUGAUGUGUGUGUUAUGUAUGUGUGAAGAGCCGUUUGUUAGAGAUGCGUAGAAGGGAAAACCUAGCUGGAGUUCCACACGAUACCAGACGCCUGGAGAGGGAUAUCUGGUACUCUUCCUCCCGAAUCGUUGUUUGUUUGAUUGUCACAUGCAUGUCACCGGCAUACAAAUCAUACAAAUCAAAUCCCUUCCGCUCCGUAGGUAGGUGGACGCGUCGAUGCUCCGAGACGCAGUUUCUUCCCCAACAAUUGUCUGCGCCUCUUGGCAAGCAUUCUCGCCGACCUGCUUACCAAAGCCGACGCUGGCGAAGAUUUUCCGGACGAGAACACCACCACCAAUGCUAACAAAGAACGUUGGUCCCAUCAAGGAAUCUCUGGUUCAAGACUGCACACACACGCAAGCGCCAACUAGCACUAAACUAAGCAAGCGACG